AUGGUACUGGGUACGGAUGUGGCUGUGGUGGGCGAGAGGCGUGCAUUGGCCGAGGGCCAGGCGGAGGAGGUGGCGGUGGCAUGGGAGGCGCUGCCCGAACCGCCGCACGAGUUUGUGACCAUGAUUGCCAACGAGUACCGAUACUUGGAGCCGACAGAGGUGAUGUAUGUGGCCAAAGCCUUCUUCAAUCGCAAGCAUCUGGAUCCUGAUUAUGAUGAUGAACUGAUCGAGGCUGUGGCUAUGAGCUGCCAGCGGCUGACGCAGCGGUCACCGCCGGAUCAUGUGGGGCUGGUCAAGCCGGUGGACAUUGCAGCCAUGGGUGCGAUUGGUGACUCGUUUACGGUGGCGUCCAACGCGCUGUCGACGACGUGGCUCAACAUGAACUGGUUCCCAGGCCUGUCGUGGUCGAUGGGUGCAGACGAGGGCACCAUGUCGGCAUACAACAUGAUGCGAGCCACGGGUCGGCCGGAUGUGGUGGGCGGGUCUGUUGGCGUCGGCGACGUCGGCGCCAACAUGCACUGCAAUCAGGCGAUUGCCGGCUCGACGGUGCAAGACAUGCCGAACCAGACGUACGCGCUGAUCGAGGCGUUCAAGACGCAGCUCAACGAGACCGGGUAUGCAACCGAGUGGAAGACAGUGACUGUGUUUAUUGGCGGCAACAACCUGUGUCAGUACUGCAAGAAGCCCGGCCCCAACUCGCCGCAGGUGUACGAGGCCGGCCUCCGGGCGGCAUUCGAUGUUCUCGCCACCAUUCCGCGAGUCAUUGUCUCGAUUGUGCCGAUUUUUGACGGGACGCAGCUUCGCGAGUUCAUGGGUCCCUUCUGCCACCUCGUACUCGACAAGCUCUGCCCGUGCUUCAUCUCGUCCGACGAUGGGGUGCUGGAGCAGUCGCGACACAACAUCGCGACGUUCAACGGCAUCAUGGAGGACAUUGUGGCCGAGUACAACAACCAGACCGGCUCGGACUGGGCGGCAGUCUUCCAGUCAUACCUCGCGGGUCUCCGCGUUCCGCACGGCGAGGCUGGCAAGGAGUGGCUCUCCCGCGCCGAUUGCUUCCACCCGUCUGGCCACCGCGGGCAGCCGAUGAUCGGCAUGGGCAUGUGGAACUCGAUGAUUUCACCCGUCGGCGCCAAGCCGACGCUCACCCCUGAGACAACUCUCAAGUGCCCUACCGAUGACGACUACCUCUUCACGCCCAAGACAUUGCCGUCCAAGAUCGUGACGUCCAAAGGCAAGGCUGCGCCGUGA